UGCACUGCGCAUUUGACUGGUGCUGCCAGACAGAAGUCAGUGGCUUUUCUUUUUUGCAAACUUUGAGAGAAAACGGGCCCUGGACAUUGUGCUGAGCUGACUGACACCAGAAGGUUUGGGCAGUCUCUGGAGGGGAAGCACUAAAACAGGACUGUCCUGUUGAAUACUGUGGGGCUGAGAGAGAGAGAAACCAGGGCAGGAAAAAACAUCUGCUAAAAACAUACCUGAAAUGAGCAUCUAAGACUACAAAAAUUGUGAAUGAUCCACCACGAAUAUUCAUUGAUUUUUUUUCACACAGUGGGAUAAGUCAGCAUCAUGAAGACUUUAUUUAAAUUACGAAUUCUCCAGUCCGUGUGGACUCCCCAGUCACCUUCUAGAUUAUUCCACAAAGAUAACAAGCGUCUUGUGUCUCAGAUGGUUUCACACUAUGAAUCUAUAAACCGGUGUGAACAGGAACUGCCAGAACACUUCAACUUUGCAAGUGAUGUCCUAGACAAAUGGUCUCAGCUGGAAAAGGAUGGGAAGAGACCUGCGACUGCAGCUUUCUGGUGGAUAAAUGAUAAGGGAGAUGAGGUGAAGUGGAGCUUUGAGGAGCUGGGAUUUCUGUCCAGAAAAGCAGCCAAUGUGCUCUCUGACCCUUGUGGAUUGCAAAGAGGAGACCGAGUAAUAGUGAUUCUACCUCGGAUACCAGAGUGGUGGAUACUGAAUGUGGCUUGUAUGCGAACAGGAAUUGUCUUUAUUCCAGGAACAUCCCAAUUAAGGGCCAAAGACAUUUUCUAUAGACUCCAGGCUUCGAAGGCCAAGUGCAUCAUUACCAAUGACACACUGGCACCUGCAGUGGAUUCUGUCUUGCCUGACUGCCAGUUUCUGAAAAGCAAGCUAAUUGUUUCUGAAGGCAGCAAGGAUGGGUGGCUGAACUUUCAAGAGCUACUCAAGGUGGCACCGGCUGAUCAUAACUGCGUCAAGACAAAGAGUCGAGACCCAAUGCUCAUCUAUUUUACCAGUGGAAGCACAGGACCUCCAAAAAUGGUUGAACAUUCCCACAGUAGUUACGGCAUAGGAUUUACAGUCAGUGGCAGGUACUGGCUGAAUCUGACUCCCUCAGAUAUAUUCUGGAACACGUCAGACACAGGCUGGGUCAAGUCAGUCUGGAGCAGCGUUUUUUCUCCCUGGAGUAGCGGAUCAUGUGUCUUUAUACACAACCUGCCACAGUUUGAACCAGCAACUGUCGCGAAUACUCUCUCAAGGUAUCCCAUAACCACUUUCUGCACAGCAUCAACUGCCUACUGCAUGCUUGUGCAGCAUGGGCUUACCAGUUACAAAUUCAUGAGUCUGCGUCACUGUGUGACAGGAGGGGAGCCGCUCAAUCCAGAAGUGAUGAAGCAAUGGAAAACCCAAACAGGUCUGGAUAUCUAUGAAGGCUAUGGCCAGACGGAAACAGUAACAAUAUGUUCCAACGUGAAAGGAAUGAAAAUUAAACCAGGCUCUAUGGGAAAGGCAUCUCCACCUUACGAUGUUCAGGUUGUAGAUGACCAGGGUGAUAUUUUGCCUCGAGGAGAAGAAGGAAACAUUGCCAUCCGAAUCAAACCUACAAGGCCAUUUUGUCUUUUCUCUCAGUAUUUAGGGUGGAGAAUGAUGUAGCAGCCCUGCAGAAGCUGCUCUGCCUCCCACACAGCUACCCAGGGACCUUAAGAGAUGUCAUAUUCCCCUGCACCUAUGCAAGCCAUCCAAGAUUUUGGCCCUUUGAGUCUAUGUUUUGCUGAAGAAUACAGAGCACGUGUUCCGGCUAUAUCCUGCAUAUGUGGUCUUUUUGUCCUGCUCUCUGUUGGAGACAUCAUCCCACCUGAUGAAGCGUGUGUGAUCUUAGCUAAAUAUUCGUAUACAAACCACAGUACUGAAAUCUCAAAGCAUGGGUGAUCAUUUUGUUUUUUAAAUGGUGAUGGCAUAUACACCCUAACAUGACUACACAAAUGGGAAUGUUUCAUAGGUUAGUGCUAAUGUAACAGGCUUGUAAAGUGUGUGUCCUGUUGUCUUCCUCAGUGGAUAGUCCUCAUGGAAAGUAACUACUCCUGUAGCUUGUGGACGUACUCCUUGAGAUAAAGUGGUAGAGAGCUGUGUUUUGCUACUGCAACUCUAAGCUCAAAACCUCCCCUGACCCCUUGCUGAGGGUCAUUGCACUAGUAAAUAAUAAUUUCUCUCUUGAGAAGGAAGGUUGUAUAUUUGAAUAAUUAGUUCUGCUGAGGGGAAUUUCUGACGGAACACAUCUUUCCCUUCUCCCUCUAAUGCACAGUGCUAAUCAUAAUGACAG